AUGGAUGGCAAAGAAGGAUUUAGAUCGUUGAAUAAUAUUGAUUCCGAUGAGGAGAUCGUUAUAUCAGGUAUUGCUGGCAGGUUUCCUGAUUCAGAUAACAUGAAUCAUUUACGAGAAAACUUAUUCAAUAAAAUCGAUCUCGUUAAAUCAGACCAUGGGCGAUGGGAAAAAGAGCAAUUGGACUUACCAACACGAAUUGGAAUAAUAAACAACUUAGAAAAAUUUGAUGCGGAUUUCUUUGGAUUAUCUUUCAAGCAAGCACACACACUUCUACCCGAAGGAAGAAUGUUACUGGAACAUUCUUAUGAAGCAAUUAUCGAUGCGGGAAUUAAUCCAAAGCAAUUACGAGGAAAGAAUACUGCUGUAAUCAUAGGCACAUCUUAUAUCGAAGCCCAAGGGAAAUUGCUAUACGAGAAUUAUCAGUUAGACAGUUUUCAAAUCGUUGGAUGUAGCAAAUCUACAGUGGCAAAUAUGAUUUCGUACUGUUUGGAUCUAAAAGGACCAUCAUACACCGUCGAUACGGCAUGCAGUUCUAGUCUUUAUGCCAUGGCCCUUGGUUAUCAUUGUAUUAUGUCAGGAAAAUGCGAAGACGCUAUAAUUGGAGCUGGAAAUCUAUGUUUGCAUCCGAUUCUUACCCUGCAAUUCGCUCGUCUUGGUGUUUUAUCACCUGAGGGCUAUUGCAGACCUUUCGAUUCCGCUGGAAAUGGUUAUUCGCGUAGCGAAGCAAUUGUAGUAAUAUACCUUCAAAAGGCGAAAAAUGCGAAGAGAAUUUAUGCUAUAUGUCCGCAUAUAAAAUUAAACAGCGACGGUUACAAAGAAGAAGGAAUAACACAUCCAUCCUUGCUAAUGCAAAGUGCUUUACUAAAAGAAUGUUACAAGGAGUGCGGAAUACCGACCACUUGCUUGGAUUACAUUGAAGCGCAUGGUACCGGUACCAAAGUUGGUGAUCCACAGGAAGUCAAAGCUAUUUAUAACAGUUUAUGUAAAAACAGAAAAACUCCAUUGAUGAUCGGCUCUGUAAAAUCCAAUCUUGGUCAUGGUGAACCUGCCAGUGCUUUUAUUCAAAUCGCUAAGACAAUAAUAGCCUUCGAAACUGGUUUUGUUCCACCAAAUAUCAAUUUUACAUCACCAAGGAAAAAUAUUGAUGCUUUGCUAAAUGGAAGUGUUUGUGUCGUCCAAGAACCAAUGCCAAUUAAAAACGGUUAUAUAGGAAUAAAUUCUUUCGGUUUUGGAGGAGCCAACGCUCAUAUGCUAUUAAAGUGGAAUCGUAAACAGAAAGUUAAUAAUGGAACACCAAAUAAUGAUUUGCCUAGACUUGUAAUAUUAUCUGGACGUACUGAGGAAUCAGUGAAAUUGUUUUUAAAUGAUAUUGCUAAUCGUCCGAUAGAUGUAGAAUAUAUCCGUUUAUUACAUGACGUCUAUGCAGACAAUAUAGACAAUCAUUCAUGGAGAGGGUACGCUGUAUUGAACACUUUGCAACAAGAUGUAGUAAAAGAAAUUAAAAAUUGUAAUAACUUGAAGAGACCCGUCUGCUUCGUAUUUUCAGCUUUAGGUUCGCAAUGGCCAGGAAUGGGUCGAAACUUAUUAAAAUUUCACGUUUUUGCAAAAACAAUAAGCAAAUGCGACAAUAUUUUAAAACCGUAUGGUAUAAACAUUAAGGACAUUCUAACAAAUACAGAAGAAAAAGUGCACGAAAACGCAUUAAACGCGUUUCUUGGAAUCAUCGUUAUACAGGUCGGCUUAGUAGAUCUUCUGACUUCCUUAGGAAUUAUUCCGGAUUACAUGAUUAGUCAUUCUGGAGGUGAACUUGGUUGUGCAUAUGCAGAUAAAUGUCUUACCAUUGAACAAACGAUUUUAUCUGCAUACUUUGUCGGUUUGGCAUGUGCCAAAGGAAAAAUAAUUCAUAGCUCAAUGGUGGUUGUCAGAAUUGAUUACGAUUCUCUGAAAAAUAUAUGUCCAGCGGAUAUUCAAAUAGUAUGUCGUAAUAACGAGAAUAACAGCAUCGUUAGUGGACCCACAGAAUCAAUAAAAGAAUUUAUUAAAAAAUUACAGACGAACAACAUUUAUGUAAAGGAGAUCUACUGCAACGUACCGUAUCACAGUUCGUAUCUUGCAUCCACGGAAACUCAACUUUUGCUUAAUUUAAAGAAAAUAAUACCCUGGCCGAAGAAACGAAGCCAAAAAUGGUUCAGCACUUCCAUACCUCGUAUCGAAUGGGUCAAUUCAACAUCAAAAUUAUCAUCGGCGGACUAUCAUUUGCGUAGUAUAUUAAACACCGUUCUCUUUGAACAAACAUUACAUCUAAUUCCGAGUAACGCUAUUACUAUCGAACUCGCACCAUGCGGCGUUCUGCAGCACAUAUUGAAAGAAUCUUUGCAUCCAGAAGUGACGAACAUUGUAUUGACUCAACGCACUGAACAAAACAACAAUGUAACUUUUCAAGGAAUUGGAAGGCUCUACAACAGUGGACUACAGCCGCAAGUUGCAAAUUUGUAUCCAUCAGUGGAAUAUCCAGUGAGCAGAGGAACUGCUAUGAUUUCUCCAUCAAUCAGAUGGGAUCAUUCCAAAGAUUGGUUUAUACCAAAAUAUGAAACACAAAAGUCCAUAAAAUGCAGAGAAAGGUAUGUUGAAAUUUUACUUAACAAUGAGGAUUAUGAUUAUAUGAACGGUCAUGUAGUUGAUGGACACAAUGUAUUACCUGCAACAAGUUAUCUUGCACUUGUUUGGCAAACUGUUGGCAUGAUAAAAGGGCAAAUAUACACAACAAUAUCGAUAGUUUUCCAAGAUGUAAACUUUAUUCGUGCUACUCAUUUGUCGAAGAAUGAGGCUGUUAAUUUGAAAAUUGCAAUACAGAAAGAUGGAAAGUUUGAAAUAACCGAAGGAAAUAGCGUUAUUGUAACAGGUAUAGUAUACGAAACAUUAAAUCCAGAACAAGAAAUGAUUUCGACAGAUCUAUUACCGAAAAAUAAUGAUGAAGAAGAACUCAUGACUGCACAUGAUAUCUACAAGGAGUUAAAAUUGCGUGGAUAUCACUACAGCGAUUGGUUUCGUGGAUUGAAGAGUGCAUCUCUAUCGGGUGAAAAAGGGCAUACUAUUUGGAGAAAUAAUUGGGUAACAUUUAUGGACUCUAUGUUACAGAUGAAAUAUAUCGAAUACGAUACUAGAGAUCUGUAUAUUCCAACAAGUAUUCAGAAAAUAGUGAUCAAUCCAAUGCUUCACGCUUUGAAGAUACAGGGCAAGAAGGACGAUGAAGAAGUUACAACGGACGUUGAUAAAUCAAUUCCGAUACGAAUAUAUAAAGAUAUAGACACAAUUAAAGCUGGUGGAAUAGAGAUACGAGGUCUUAGAUCUACACAAAUAUAUCGCCGGAAUUUAACCCAAGAUGCUGUUCUUGAGGAAUACACGUUCGUAGCUCACUGUGAUCGCGCUAAGAUUCCUUUAAACGAAGCAAUUCGUAUAUCAGCACAACUUGCUCUGGAAGAUCAUCAAAUUAUCAAUGUGAAAGCUGUGGAGCUAGUGGAAGAUGAAGAUAAUGUUGCAUUAGAAUAUCUCUCAUCUUCAUUGCUGCUUGAAGCAUUUAACGAUAUGCCAUUAAUACAAACGAGUGUCACUCUAUUAACAUCACCGAAUCGUUUCAGGCCAAAAGACUUAUUGCAAAACUUUUCGAUCGAAGAUUUUGAAAAACCGUCUUUGGAUGACAAAGCUUUAAUAGCUGCAGGCUUCAAUCUUUUGACCAAACAACAAACAUCGUUAAAGCGACUAUUGCCAUUUUUGAGAGAAGGUGGUUACCUGUUGACGCGUGAAAGAUAUGACGUAAUUGACUAUACGAAAUAUUUACAUCAAUACCAGCUAGAUGUUGUUCUUGAAAAAUGCACUGAUAAAGAAAUAAUUGUGCUUCUGAAAAAGAAAGUUUUGAUUAAAAAAAGGAUUAUUGUCUACAUAAGUAAUGAUAACUUCAAUUGGCUAGAAAAUCUAAAGCCGCUUGUGACCAAUGAGAACAAUCUCGAUAAGAAUAGUAGAAUCAUAAUUGUUGGAGAGAAAGAUUUGGAAUGCGGUUUAUUAGGUUUUAUUAACUGCUUGAAAAAAGAGCCAGGCGGAGAACUUGUUAGAGGUGUGCUCAUUCAAGAUGAAGAAGCUCCUGAAUUCUCUCUUCAAAAUCCUUUUUAUGUAGAUCAAUUAGAAAAAGAUAUGACCAUUAAUGUAUUGCGAUCUAAUAAAACCUGGGGAUCAUACAGACAUUUGAAAUUACCACAACCCGAAGCCAGUCCUGUACUUAGCGCUCAUCUCUGUCAAUCGGUUCGUGCUGAUCUAAGUACACUUUGUUGGGUAGAGAAUAAUCGAUCGGCUGAGGCUCGUCGUGAGGAUUUAGUGAAUAUUGUUUGCUCAUCUCUGAAUUUCAAAGAUAUAUUGCUUACGACUGGUAAAUUAACAUCCAAUCAGAUGCCCUUGAAAGGGCGGUUAUAUCAAUAUUGUCCUCUAGGAAUGGAAUACGUUGGAUGGGAUGCUAAUGGGCAACGUGUGAUGGGAAUUCGUGAAACUGACUGUAUAGCAAACGUCAUUGUAAAAGAUAAAAAUCUGUGUUGGGAAAUACCGGACACAUGGACAUUCGAAGAGGCCGCGACGGUCCCCUGCGCUUACAUUACUGUUUACAUGGCCUUAUAUAUUUAUGGAAGAAUGAAGAAAGGUGAUAAAAUACUUAUACAUUCUGGUACUGGUGCCGUUGGACAAGCAGCUAUUCAUGUCGCUCUUAAAGAAGGAUGCGAAGUAUUUACUACCGUAGGCACGAGUAAUAAACGAGAUUUUAUUAGAAAAACAUUUCCGAAUAUUUUGGAUGAUCACAUUGGAAAUUCUCGAGACACUAGUUUUGAACAAAUGAUAAUGCAGCAAACGAAAGGUCGCGGAGUCGACGUUGUAUUAAAUUCAUUGGCAGAAGAAAAAUUAAUUGUGUCUGUUCGUUGUUUAGCGCAAAACGGUUAUUUUCUAGAGCUUGGCAAAUUUGAUUUUAUAUCUAACAAUUCUCUUAGUAUGUCCGAAUUUCAAAAAGGUAUUAGUUUUUAUGGGAUUUUAAUCGAUAAUUUAAUAAGUAAUAAAAAACAUAAAUAUAAAUCCCUAUUAUCCAAUAUGAUAACCGAUGGUCUUAAGAAUGGAACCAUCAAACCAAUUCAAGCAACAGCAUUCUCUAAAACAACAAUAAAAGAAGCUUUUAGGUAUAUGGCAAGUGGAAAACAUAUAGGAAAGGUAAUAAUAAAUAUCCAUGAGAAGAGUGAACCUUUAGAUAAACACAUUCUCGCGUAUCGUCGCUAUUAUUGUCUCAGAAAUAGAAGUUACAUUAUACUAGGAGGUCUGGGUGGAUUUGGAUUAGAGCUAACCGACUGGCUUAUACUUCGCGGCGCUAAAAAUGUCGUUUUAAUUUCACGAACUGGAAUAAAAAACGGUUAUCAGCGCAUGAAAGUUCAAUUGUGGAAGUCAUAUGGUGUAAAAGUUCUGAUCAUCAAAAAUAUCGAUGUUGCUAACAUCAAAGACUGUGAACGUCUCUUACGAACAGUGGAAAAAGAAGCACCGGUGGAUGCAAUAUUUAAUCUCGGUGUGGUGCUCAAGGACAGCCUCUUGAAGAAUCAAACCGAGACAACUUUUGCGGAAUCCUUCUUGUCAAAGGCUCGAGCAUCUCAAACAUUUGACAAACUUUCUAGAAAAAUUUGCCUUAAUCUACGACAUUUCGUAAUGUUCUCUUCCGUUUCCUGCGGCAGAGGAAACGCUGGACAAACUAAUUACGGCAUGGCCAACUCCAUUAUGGAAAGAAUUUGCGAAAAAAGGAUGAAGGAAGGAUUACCUGGAUUGGCGAUUCAAUGGGGGGCUGUGAGUGAAGUUGGUCUUGUCGCUGACAUGCAAGAGGACGAUAAGGAAUUAAUUAUCAGUGGCACCUUACAACAAAAGAUAUCUUGUUGUCUUGACGAGCUCGAUAAGUUUUUACUUCAAAGCCGGCCAAUUGUAAGCAGCAUGAUUGUAGCCGACAAAAAAACAAAGUCUUCCGAAUUUGGCAAUCUAGUAGAAACUGUCGCUAAUAUUUUAGACAUACGUGACAUGAGAUUCGUAAGUCAAAUUUCAUCUCUGGCCGAACUUGGAAUGGACUCCAUGAUGGCCGUGGAUAUCAGGCAAACUCUACAACGAAAGUUUGAUAUUCUUCUCACAACACAAGAGAUACGAAAUCUUACUUUUGCAAAACUCACUGAAAUGUCUACAAACAUCAGUGACAAUAAUAUGCAUAAUAAAAAAAAAUUCAACACAGAGAAGCCACAAUUUAGUUUAGCAUAUUUAAUUCUUGGUAUAAAGAAUGAAGACUAUAUUUCACAAACUUGUUCCACUUUCUCGACUAAAGGAACUACAACUGAAGUAUUUCUUAUACCGGGUAUUGAAGGAUGUGGAACUACAUUUAAUUAUUUAGCACCAAAGAUUUUAUUUUCAACAACGUCCUUCCAUUAUAAUACAAGCAACAUUGAUGCUCCUACAAACAUUAUAUCAGAGAAAACUGAUCAUCUCAUGAAGUACAUAAUACCAAAGCUGAAAAAUGGAAAAGAUUUUAUAAUGGUAGGAUUCUCCUUUGGAUCUCUUAUUGCAAUUGAGUUAACAAGAAGAUUAGAGACUAUGAAUUUUAAAGGCCGAUUAAUUCUUAUUGAUGGGGCUCCUGAACUAAUACGAAUGAUAUACAAAUGUUAUAUGCCAAGUUCUGAACUAGAUCUUCAGAUUUAUGUUCUAACUCAUAUUAUGGAAAUUUAUUCACCAGGAAAUAGUAAAAAGAUUCUAAUGGAAUUGAAUCAUUGUGAAACUUGGGACGAAAGAUAUAAUAUUUUUGCCCAACAGUUCUUAAUUAUGAACACAUCACUUUCACUUGCAAAUUUAAAAACGCUAUGUACAACAAUUUAUAAACAUUUAGCAGCUGUUCGGCAAUACAAUCCUUCUACCUUGACACCUAUUAAAUCUUCCAUAACUUUGCUAAAACCUACACAACCAUUGAAUAUACCAAUUGAAGAGGAUUAUUGUUUGCACAAGGUAACUCACAACAAAGUGAAAGUACAUUACAUUGAAGGUAAUCAUGUGACGAUCUUGAGGAACGAAAAAGUAUCAGCUGUAAUUAAUGGAAAACCACCAUUCAUAAUUUAA